AUCCACAGAACUAGUGAUUUGUUGAUUUAUUUCUUCCUUCUCGAUCAUCUAUCUCCUAAUUAUUGUUGAUCUAGCAAUUGUGAGAAUACGCAAUGCACAGUCAUAAGUCCAUGUAUGAAUGUAUCUAAAAUAUGUAUGCAUAGCUAUAUCCUGUAAACUGAUAGUGCUCUCAUUUGGUCACUAAUAUUCCAUUAAAAUCACCUCUGUUAUAGUUCAGAGCAGAUUUGGUUGUUUGUAACUUUGCUAGCUCAGUCGCCGGAUCUCCAGGGAAUUUUUUGAACCAGAGUCGUUUUCUAUUGGCCAGAGGCUGAUCAGCUGGUUAUAUUUGCUGCUGUCGCUUUGGCGCUCGGCCAUCCUGAAACAAACCACCUCGAUGACUACUAAUAGCUAAACCACAUUGUGUACUAAUACAUAACAAAUCAUAUUACUACAGAGUGUGGAGCAAAUGAGUUCGUAUUUUGUGAACCCUACUUUCCCUGUUUCACUGCCCAGUGGCCAGGACUCCUUCCUCGGACAGAUCCCACUCUAUACAACGGGGUAUGAUGCUCUAAGGCACUUUCCAGCUUCCUAUGGGGCAGCGACGCUCCAGGAUAAGAGUUACUCGUCACCUUGUUAUUACCAACAAUCCAACUCAGUAAUAGCUUGCAAUCGGGCAUCGUAUGAGUAUGGAGCUUCUUGUUUCUAUCCUGAAAAGGAUCUAACCAGUGUUUCGCCAUCCGGGAGUGGGAAGCAUAGAGCUCAGGAUGAUUUCUUUUCCUCAGACCAACAGUACAAAACAGAUUGUGCACAAAACAAAAUUUUAAAUGAGGAAGGAAACGACCGGAAGUACAGUACUCCAAUUUACCCUUGGAUGCAACGAAUGAAUUCAAGUUCUAGUUCUGUCUUUGGGCCUCAUGGGCGUCGAGGGCGACAAACCUAUACCCGAUACCAAACUCUUGAGCUGGAGAAAGAAUUUCACUUUAACAGAUAUUUAACCAGACGCCGCCGGAUAGAGAUUGCCAACGCACUCUGCCUCACAGAACGUCAGAUCAAGAUCUGGUUUCAGAAUAGGAGAAUGAAGUGGAAAAAGGAAAACAAACUUCUAAACACAACAGAAUCCAACAGCGAAGACGCAGAGGAUAAAACAGGGGAGUAAGAGCGCGAAACCACAAGAAGUUAGUCUGGGCCUUUCUGUUUGGUAGUGAGUUCUUAUUUGCUCAUUCUGCUAAACAGUACAGAAAAAAAUCGUAUUUCAGUUUGUUUUCGUUGCCCCUCUCUCUUUGAGCUUGUGUUAAUGUAUAAGUGGUAGAGGAAGUGUCGCAAACACUCUGCAUUCCACAGCACACUAUAAUUAUACGGCAUUUAGGAUUAAUUGUUUUAUAAGUGCGAAGUGUAAGUGUUUCUGCUUCUCUAGUCGUUACUAUGUGAUGAUUUACUCCUCAAAUUGUAUUCUAAUUGUUUCAAUGGAUAGGUUUAAAUAUAAUUUGACACCCUUCAAAUGAUGAACGUAGUGGAUAUGCCCAUUUGCAAAUGAUAAAUAUGGUAUUGUAUAUGUCAAUAGUUUACUGCAAGGUUUCUUACUGCUUUUGGUUUUGUCUAAUGAAGAGGACGCAGUGUUCAGUUAGCUUGUGCCAUGUUUUCUCUACCAAGAGAAGCAAAUAUAUUUGCUUGUGACUUGACAGCCAU